AGGAAGUUAUCAUCAGUCAGACAUUGUCUUUUUCUUGCAGAUAGCUGCACUCACAUCAAGUCAAUUGGUAAGCCUGUGACUCACAACGCCAGGUCCGAUUAUUACGGAGCAUGGAUGAAAGAUCCGCUAGGAAUUAUGGGUACUGAGACCAUAUUCGUUAUGGCCAGCUACUCCGGUAGAAACGAGCUUGAAGAGUUUGAAAACAUGGACACAUUCAAAGCAGGCAUCCUUCGUAAGAAGUACAUACUGCCUUAUAACUGGGACGGAACAGGAGGAGUAGUGUAUGGACCUUACCUUUACUACAACAGGUAUAAACGUUAUAUUUAAAUAAAAUAAAUAAUGAUUUGGAGGUAGCACAUCCACAAAGUGGUUCUUCGUCUACCUGAUUCCUGGUCUAAUUGGAAUUUGGAAAAGCUGGUUUUUGAGGAGUGGGGAAAACCGAAGUAUCCGGAGAAAAACCUCUCGGAGCAAAGGGUGGCAGGCGAGUGCUCUCACCACUGCGCCAUCCCUUGCUCCUCGUUAUAAUAUUCUUUUAAUCUGAUCGAGUAGCGCGAACGGCAAAACAAGGGUUUAAAAGAUAAUCAUCAAUAAAAGGUCGCAUAUAUAAAAAAAUUAAUCAAAGGUGUCGUUUAAUGCCUGCGUGGACCAUUUUUUUAAAAAAUUAAUUCUGGGGCGCUGAUAAUACAAAUUUGGUGACAUACCAGUUUUAAGAGUAUUUCCUAGUAAGGGAAAUCAAGAUCAUGACCUCGUCUCUUAUAACAUAGGGUUUAUAAUCUCUUAUAACAUAGGUUUUUCGUAUUGGGGCCGGGAGGAGGCGCUAACAAGCAAACGCCAGAGAUGCUAACUUGUAAGGGUUCUGGGGGAAUUCUCCGCCAGAAAAGUUUGAAAUCUUGGAGCUCGGAAAUGCUACUUUUAGCAUUCUAGACGAGAUAUCAAAAAAAUAAACGUGGAUCAACCUUAAAAUAACAGAUGUUUUACUUUUUAUUUGUUACUUGAUACAUAUAUAACUUAAUACAUGUAUCCCAGCCUUACGUAUAUUCCGGCCUUUAAGUGCCUACACUCAGGAAAUUGUUUUAUUACAAAGGCUCGACAAGAAGGAGAAUGUUCAAAAUUAGUGGUUUAAAAUCACUUGUGUUACAUUAAGAUGCUAAUCUUGACAGGAAAUGACAAAUUUCAAGUAUAAAACAAAUUGCAAAGUUUUGACAAGUCGGAUUUUGACAAAUACCGAUUUUCCUAACUUGUCCCUAGUCGUCUAUUGUUUUUAUUCACAAGCUGAAUAGUGAGAAUACGAAGGGAAAAGAACUGAGUUGAUAGGCUGAAGUAAAUUUCCUGGAACAAUGCAUGUACCGUAACAGCAAGUAGGGAAAACAACAAGUUCAACAGCUGAGGUCAGCAGUAGUAAAUUAGCCGACAUUCCUUUCAUGAUUUUCGUUCAGGGAUACAAAUGAAUUUGCCACAGAAACUAAACAAAGCUUAUCAAAUCUAUCUUAAUGUAUGUUCAAGAUCGCGAGAUGGUUGAAACGUGCUUGCAACAUUUUUGAUCGAAGCCACGUCUUGAUUCGUCUGGCUGUUGAGAAGGACCUCUCCCCUGUUGCACUUGUCGCAGGAUUGACGUAAAUCAACUUGCAAACAACAAUGACGUGGUCGAUCAACUCUCGCUCGAUUUGCUGCAGAACUUGGACCUCCCUCAAAAUGUCCUGAAAGAAGCGUAAAGGGGCUCGCCGUAUGAGCACUUAAAUCUUACUUAAAUCUGUUUGUCUUAAUUUUUUGCUCAUUUUGUUUUGUUUUUCCCUCUGUUAGUUUUCUUUUUUAUGUUUUAUGGGUUUCUCAAGGGGUUUAAGGCCUGGGUCAAAGGUGUGUUCUGAACAUAAGAAUGACUGGCAAUAUCUCUCGCUAGGAGACCUACAACAAAAUAAAUUUUUCCCCAAAAGUAAAUCUUUAGGUUUUCUUGUGCCUUAACGUUUAAUUAUGGUCACAUGACAUGUCACGUGACCAGAAAUUGAAAAUUAAGGAAAUUGGCGAAUUGGAGGCGAGUUACCUUUGUUUGGAUAAACAAAUUAGCAUUUCUGAAAGAAGAUAAACAGACCUAACUUUCUACGUUUGGAAUGAAUGUACGCGAAGUUUAAAAUUAAAGUUCUAAAUAAUUCAAGAUUAAAGUUGGGCAUUUAAAAUUUUGUUUUCUCUCAUAAUUUUUACUGAAGGGCAACGGACGGUCAUUCCAAACGUCAAGUGUUUGAAAUAUUUAAUAUGAAUCUGAAAAAUGUUAUUUCUCGAUUUCUUUUCUUUAACCGGCCACCAAUUGGGUAAUAGUUUACGAUUUUUAGCUAAAUGGUCAUGUGACAUAUCACGUGACCUAUAAACACAAUAGUUGUACUUCAAAAUGUUAAGGACGAUGAGUUCUUUAUAUGUGCCAAAUUUUGAUCCAGUACCAUCAUCUGUGCCAAAGUUAUAGCCAAUAAUUCAUUUUCUAAGGUAAACCCCUUAGUCCUUGGCCUUAAAACUACUUGAGUUUUUAAUUAUUUGUAUUUUUCUAUUUAUUUUUAAAGUUUUAUUAUUUGCUUAAAAUUGGGAGGGCUAAAGCCCCUCCAGCCCUCCCGGCUCCGCCGUCCCUGGCUAUAUAAAUGGUAGAAAUAUUCUCCACUGAUACUAACAAAUGGUGGUGUUGCUGUGUUGUUAUGGCAGAGAGGCUACGAACAAUAUCGUAAAGUACAAUUUGCGUACUGAACGUGUGGAAAGGCAGAUAAGCUUGUCGGGUUCAGCGAGGAACACCUAUUACCAGUGGGGUGGUUACUCUCAAGUUGAUCUGGCAGUUGACGAACAAGGAUUGUGGGCCUUAUGGGGCUACAGUGGAAACAGCAACAGACUAAGAGCGCAAAUGAUAGAUGUAUACAAAGGAACCUUAACCCAAGCUUGGAACUUAAAUUCAGGUACUCGGCUUACGCCUUCUUAGAGCUCCUUAAGUUAAAAUACAAAAUGUCAUGAAGUGUAAAGGGGUUUCUGGAACUCGUUAGAUUCACCAUAAGUAAACUAAACCAUUGCUAUAACCUGUCAGUUAGCAAACGGUCGUCAUCAUCUUUUCCCCCAUCAAAUGCGCAUCCUUUGUUUUUAAACUGAAUAUCAUUUAAUUUAGCAAACUUCGCAAUUUCGUUGCUUAGUUGAAUGAGGUUUUAUACCAUAAGUGGCAUAUACGUUUUUUUGUCUUACUCCGAGUUUCCAUUUAAUGUUAUUUUGCAGAAGUUAUGAGCUCAAUGGGAAAUGCAUUUGUGGCCUGUGGAGUGAUUUACUGUAUCGACAGCUAUGAUUCAAGGUCCACGACCAUCAACUUUGCUUACGACACCAAGACUGGAAGACAAUGGAACCCCUAUAUUCAGUUCACCAAUCAGUUCCAUAGCACCUCUAUGGUGGCCUACAACCCCAGAGAAAAAGUGUUGUACGCCUGGGAUGCCAGGCGUUUGGUCACUUAUCCCAUUUCGUUUGAGGAGCGUUAG